AUGAAAACCAUACUAUGUAGGCCUCCUGUCUUUCUUUUCCUACAAAGGAAAGCUCACACUUUGGCUGGUGCCCUUCUUACUGAAACCCAGAAGGCUCAUGCCCAUGGCCUUCAACUCGGUACCUCGGAUGCAUUCUUCCAUGCACGCCAGUUGUUCGACGAAACGCCUGACUUGAGCGUGGUAUCGGCCACGUCAAUAAUAGGCAGCUUUGCUCGGCAGCACCAUCAUGAAGAAGCUAUUUAUCUCUUUUCAAGAAUGCUUCUUUCGAAUAUCAGACCCAACGAAUUUACAUUUGGCACUGUCAUUCACUCGUCAACUGCACUUGGAGACCUAAACAUAGGCAAGCAACUUCAUGCAUUUGCAACAAAGAUAGGUUUGCAUUCGAAUGUCUUUGUGGGAAGUGCAAUGUUAGAUCUUUAUGCCAAGUUGGGCAUUACCCAGGAUGCUAAAAGAGCUUUUGAAGAUACCCAGAAGCCCAAUGUAGUUUCUUACACCACAUUGAUAUAUGCAUACCUGAAAAAGGAGAAGCUUGAAGAAGCUUUGAAGCUUUUCCAAGUGAUGCCAGAGAGGAAUGUUGUUUCAUGGAAUGCAAUGAUUGGAGGGUAUAGCCAAUCAGGCCACAAUGAAGAGGCUGUCAAUCUAUUCAUUGAGAUGCUUAGAAAUGGGUUGGUACCUAACCAUUCUACUUUUCCUUGUGCUAUCAUUGCAACUGCCAAUAUAGCAGCACUAGGAAUGGGCAGAAGUUUUCAUGCCUGUGCUGUCAAAUUCUUGGGUAAGCUUAAUGUGUUUAUUGGCAAUUCACUAAUAAGCUUUUAUGCAAAAUGUGGUAGCAUGGAAGAUAGUCUCUUGGUUUUCAACAAAAUUGAAGAAAGAAACAUUGUUUCUUGGAAUGCUGUGAUAUGCGGCUAUGCUCAAAAUGGUAAAGGAGAAGAAGCAAUAAGCUUUUUUGAAAGGAUGAGGUUGUCAAGUUGCAAACCCAAUAGUGUUACACUUCUUGGCUUAUUGUGGGCUUGCAACCAUGCUGGUCUUGUUGACCAGGGUUAUUCUUAUUUCAAUCAGGCAAGAAUUGAAGACCCCAGCAUUCUGAAGCCUGAGCACUAUGCUUGUAUGGUUGAUUUACUCUCCCGGUCCGGGUGUUUCAGAGAAGCUGAGGAGUUUAUCAGCAAUUUGCCUUUUGAACCAGGUAUUGGGUUUUGGAAGGCAUUGCUUGGUGGCUGCCAAAUCCACUCAAAUAUGGAAUUAGGGGAGUUUGCAGCUAGGAAAAUAUUGGCUUUGGAUCCUGAAGAUGUGUCAUCAUAUGUAAUGUUGUCCAAUGCACAUUCUGCAGCUGGCAGAUGGCAGAGUGUGGCAACAAUAAGGAGAGAAAUGAAAGAAAAAGGGUUGAAGAGGGUUCCAGGCUGCAGUUGGAUAGAAAUCAGGAACAGAGUUCAUGUAUUUGUUUCUGGGGAUAAAAACCAUCACCAAGUGAGUGAAAUGUUAUCUUUAUUGAAAAUUCUGUAUAGAGAUUUUAAGGGAGAAUAAAUCCAGACAAGGAGAAAAUGCCAUUGAUGAUCUCUAUAUGUAGCUGGAGCCAACCUUGAGAUGAGGGAGACCAACUUUCAAGGCCCCAAUGAAGCUAAAUGGGGUGAGGCCAAAAGUGCUCUUCUGGCUGUUUAGAGGAAAGUAGAAUGAACUUGGUAAAAAUAAUCUGGGAAAGGAGAUGCUCAAUCAAUUACAAGGCCUCUAAGUUCUUGCAAUGAAACAGCAGAUUGGUUCAAGUUUUGAUUUUUGGUCGGUUUGUUGU